AUGAAUUUGGCUAAAUCUCAUGUUUAUUUUGGUGGUCUGAAAGUUGAAGAUAAGAAGAAUAUUUUGGAUUGUCUUCACAUAAAAGAGGGAUCUUUUCCUUUAAAGUAUCUCGGUAUCCCUCUCCGUCCUACCAAAUGGAAGGUUGGUGAUUGUGGAAUCAUUCUCAAAAAGAUUACUCUUCGGUUGCAUUCUUGGGCUAGUCGUCAUCUCUUAUUUGCGGGUCGAGCUCAACUUAUUCACUCUGUUUUGCUUGGUAUUAGGUUCUAUUGGAUGAGUAUUUUCGUUCUUCCCCAAAGUGUCACUCUUGAGAUUGAUAGGUUGUGUCAGAAUUUUCUCUGGGGUUCGACAGGUUUGAAUUUUUGGGAGUACAAGUUAAUGGCUGAUGUUAGUUGGUAUUGGAGGAAAUUGGUGCAUCUGAAAUAUUUUCUGUCCAGUGAUAUUCUAGAGGCUGCGGCGACAAAUAGGUCACUUCAGUUGAGUAGGUUGUAUUUUCUUCUACUUCAGCAGAGUAAAGUGAGUUUUGCCAAAGUGAUUUGGUGCAACUUGUCCUUCCUGAAGCACAGGUUUAUUCUCUGGCAGUCUGUCUUUGGCCACAAACUAACUAGAGACAAUCUGCUUCUUCGGCAGAUCAAAGAUUGGUUGGGUAUAGCUAUCUGGCCUUCCAAGUAUAGUGAAUGGAUUGCGUGGAUGGACGGGAGGCCUAAAGGUCUGUUUCAACGAAGAUUGGCAGCUACUCUUGCUGCUACUGUCUAUGUAAUUUGGCUUAAUUGUAACUCUUGUAUUUUUAAUUCAUCAGCUAUUUCUAGUAAUAGAGUGGUUUUUAUGGUUAAGGCUAGUUUAAAGGCUAGAUUGUUGGGUAUUGCUAGGACGAAGCUAGGGAAUUUUGAGAAGUCUAUACUUGAUUCUAUGAGUCAUUUGUAA